CAAAGUCCACAAAGAUGGGAUCAUGCUAGAAAAAAUGGUGACUUUGGAGUUGUAAGAAACUGAUUUCGAGGUGGUUUAUAGAAACUUGAACCCAACUGGCUUUUUGCUGGCGUCAGGGAUCUGUGUUUACUGUGUCUUUAAAAACAUGGGACCACUAUGAUCAUCUCUGAUCUCCUAAAGCUAUACUUACUAUUCAAGGAGAUCAAAGAUCAUCGACAGAAAAAGAAAAUUUCUUGGAUACACACACAUACACAUGUGCUUUUAUUUAUAUACGUCUCUUGAAACAUGAAGAUUUUUAGUUGGGUUCAGAGAAGACUUAGUGGAAAGAAGCAUGAGACAAUUUCUGAUUCUUCUCUAGAAUCAUCAGGGCCUGCUUUAAGUAAAGACCUCCAAAGUUGGCCUCAAGAUGAAGAAACCUUCUUAGCUAUUGGAACACUUGGAAACAAUAUCAUCUCCAAGGAAGAAGUGGAAGAAGACGCAGAUUCUAGCAAAGAUCUCACUGCAGUCAACACAGAUGUUACAAUCGGAAAGAAGAAAUCACUCUCGUUUCUUCUCAAGAAGAUGUUUGUUUGCACAAGUGGCUUCAAAACUCCACCUCCUCUUCUUGAUUUAUCUAGAGAUUCAUUGCCUAAUACAAGAAUGGAAAAGAUGCUAAGGACAAUACUUAACAAGAAGAUACAUCCACAACGUUCAAAUGCUAUAGCAAAGAAAUAUUUGGAGAAUCAUAAGAUUAUAGAUGAAGCUCGUUCAAGUGUGGAGGCAAAGAAAUGGGUCAAGACUGAUUCUGAAUAUAUUGUCUUGGAGAUGUAGAUAUCAACCAAUAAGCUAUAAAUGGAUCUGAUUGAUUGUCAUGGAAUCAAAUGACUGGUGUAAGCUCAAGUGUUCAAGACAUGAAGAAUAAACAUGAAGAUGAUGGGUCAUGAAAUAUCUUUUGAUAAUUACAGUUUACUGUAUAUUUAUUUGUCUACUUCCGAUUUUCUCUGUUUUUCUUGUUCCUCAUCUUUUUUUCCAGAUUUAAAUGUAGUGAAUAAAUCUGUUUGCUCCUGUGUACUGUUGUAACU